AAUAAGUCAACCUACCACUUUCUCCGUCUCUUCUCCUCUCCUCUUACAUCUCUCUGUGUACAGUUGGAUUAAACCAGCCUUCCGCCAGCCAUCCUACCUUAUAUAUAAUACAAAUACAAACCCAUCAUCAUCUCAUUGGUAUUUGUUACACUCUCUGAUCCGAUCUUACUAGGUAUACAACCAUGGAAGAAGACACACUUAACAACCUCCUCCCCGCCUCCGACACCGAUCUCGACUUCAGCUUCACCUCCGUCUCGACCGCGACGGACCGCACCUUCGCCUGCUCCAGCGCCCGCUCCAGCCUCGCCCGCUCCAGCCUCACCCUCAGCUUCAACGACCGCCUCUCCUCCACCUCCUCCUCUUCCCCUUCCUCCUCCUCCGCCCCCUCCUCCUCCUCCUCCCGCCCCCACCGCGGCUCCGACCCCAACUGGUCCGCCAUCAAGACUGCCACCGCCCUCUCCUCCGACGGCCGUCUCCACCUCCGCCACCUCAAGCUCCUUCGCCACCUCGGCACCGGAAACCUUGGCCGCGUCUACCUCUGCCGCCUCCGCGACUGCGACUCCGCCAGCUUCGCCCUCAAGGUCGUCGACCGCGACCACCUCUCCGCCAAGAAGCUCUCCCACGUCGACACCGAGGCCGAAAUCCUCUCCAUGCUCGACCACCCCUUCCUCCCCACCCUCUACGCCCACUUCACCGCCUCCCACUACACCUGCCUCCUCAUCGACUACUGCCCCGGCGGCGACCUCCACUCCCUCCUCCGCCGCCAGCCCUCCAACCGCCUCCCCCUCCAGGCCGUCCGCUUCUUCGUGGCCGAGGUCCUCGUCGCCCUCGAGUACCUCCACGCGCUCGGGAUCGUCUACAGAGACCUCAAGCCCGAGAACAUACUCCUCCGCGAAAAUGGCCACGUCAUGCUGUCGGACUUCGAUUUGUGCUUCAAGGCUGACGUGGUCCCCACCUUCAGAACCUACCGUGGGCCCAGUGACCAGGACAGAACCGGUAAUAGUAACCGCACCAAAACGAAGCACGCCUACCGGCGGGGCAGCUGCUUCGGUGCGGCCAACGAACAAAGAGAGCCAUCCAAGGAGGUCGUAGCGGAGUUCGUGGCGGAGCCAACGGCGGCUUACUCCCAGUGCUGCGUGGGGACCCACGAGUACCUGGCGCCGGAGCUCGUAUCCGGAGCGGGCCACGGCAACGGCGUCGACUGGUGGGCAUUCGGCGUGCUGAUCUACGAGCUGCUAUACGGCACGACACCGUUCAAGGGCGGGAACAAGGAGGGCACCCUCCGGAACAUAGCGUCGAGCGAGCAGGUGAGGUUCCCAGCUGCGGCGGAGAAGGAGGAGGAGGGGAUGGCCGAGGCGAGAGAUCUGAUCGAGAAGCUCCUGGUGAAGGACCCGAGGCGGCGGCUGGGCUGGGCCGGCGGGGCGACGGACAUAAAGCGCCACCUCUUCUUCGAGGGGAUCAAGUGGCCGCUGAUAAGGAGCUACAGGCCGCCGGCGGAGGUCCGGGGGCUGACGAGGAAGCUGAUGAGGUCAAAGUCGAAGGGGCAAGGGCACGUGAGCCACGUGCCGGGGAGCCACAGAAGGCGGCGGUGGUGGUGGAAGGGGCUCGAGUUCUUCAUGAGGGCAAAAGGGUCAAAGCACUCUUACUACUACUGCUCACGGAGUUCCGCUUCCAACCACAGUAACGGCAACUAUUACCGUUACUACGUCAAUAAUAACAAGAACGGGCGAUUAUUAGACUGAGCAGUUGUUAUUGUUUAUGGUUGUUUUUUCUUUUCUUUUCAUUGGCCUUAAAAAAAAGGGAAGUGUUCGUCCAGAUGACUCGUGAGAUGAGCGGGAUUUGCUCCUUUUUUAUUUUUACUGGGUGUGUGUUUCCUUGAUAGUCAAGUUAGGUAGAGGGAAGCAACCAAAAUUGUAUCAGUUUUGGUGGGUGAAAAUUAGUUGUCCUUGUAUACAUAUACAGCAGCUUUAGAAGUACAUUGUAUAUGAAUCAGAGUGAUACGAAUGAAGGGUUCUUGUCUUGCACAUUACUUUGUC